UCCAUCUUAUGGAUGAUGAUGAUAGUAGAAAGUGGUUAGAGCAUUACCAAAAGUGAUAGAGAUGUAAGUGGGACGUUAAUGGAUUUGAAUAUCACACCCGUGAGAAAAAAAGAGAUAGAGAAACAAAUAAUUAAAAGUUACUGCAUCCCCAUUGCCCCAUCAUCAAGGUUUUAAAUCACAGGAACUGAAGAGGAAGAGUAGAAGAUUGAUAUAAUGGAAGAUCCUCAGAACGAGACCAGCAACAAGGAUUUCAUCAUGGAGGUGGAGAUUCCGGUGGAUGAUCCGUCGAGUACUCCACGUGAAAUGGCAUGUGGUCAUCACCAUGGGCUUACAAGGCAGCAGAGUAUGUCUAGGACGCCGAGUGCUAGCUGCCUUUGCUCCCCAACCACUCACGUAGGUUCAUUCCGGUGCCGGCUCCACCGUUCUCCCAGCCUCAAUAAGUCUUCGAGCUUCCAGAACAGACCGAGCCUCCAGAGAACAAAGAGCAGCAUGGAAUAUGGAUCAUCAUCGCCGCGCCAAGGAAGAAUCGAGGCCACAUCCAAGCCUGCUGCAGGCUAGCAAGCUAAUACUUGCUCAUUUACAAACUUCAUGAGCAUGAUCAUAAUAAUGUCAAAAAUAAGAAUACUAUAAUUCAGUUUUUAAUUAUGAGCAAAAUAAGUACCCUGUCGUUGUUACUAUUCUCAUAUUCACAUCUCUAUGGUUUUUUAGGUAGAGUUUCUGAGACAUUGCAUUCUCUUUAAUUGUAUUCAUCAUCCAUAAUUUUUAUUGAGCAAUUAAGCUGGAAAUGUAAUUCAUGGUCCGGGGUCCUGAUAUGAGACCAAUACAUUAGUUUUGCAUGCAGCAGCUACCAGCUUGGUAGCAAUGCUUUCAGACACUCAAAGCAAACGCAACUUUUGGCCGGAAUAAUAUAAAUGUGCUCUUCGAGUUAUGAAAGCAUUUUUUAAGAGUAUUCUGAGAAACCGAAGUGUUAAAGAUAAUCAAUCUUCCUCAAUCACUAGCCAUUGAUAUUGUUGAGCAUUAAUCUAGGAUCAGUUUUGCUAUUGUUACAAAUAUCGAUAGAUGUAGCCUAUACUGCUGUGCAUCAAUCUAGGAUUAAUAGUUUUGAUAUUGUUUUAAAUGUAGUUAUUAUAGCAUUGCAAAACUGAUGCUAUUUCUCCUAUAUAUUGUAAACAUUGUAUAUGUACAAAUCAAUGAAUUACAAUUUCUACAUGGUAUCAAUAGUCUAAGGUGUCAAAUUUACCUCCUGUGUCUUCUUCCUCCUUCCCUAUCUCCAUGGCCUCUUCCUCGUCCAACCCUCCCUCCCAAAAUACUGCUUAGUUCACCAAACUUACAGAAACAAAUUAUCUUGUAUGGCUUCGUCAGCUAAAACCAUAUCUUCAUGGUGCGAAACUCUGGGGAUAUAUAGAUGGGUCUAUCCCUGAACCUUCUGCCACCAAAACACAACCUGCUAGUGAAUAAGGCACACCUGCUGCAACCAUUCCCAAUCCUGAGCAUGAAACCUGCUUCACUACUGACCAUCAAAUCGUUAGCAUCCUCACCACUUCCCUUUCUGAAAAUGUGGCGCGUCUCACCAUUGGCUUUGAUACAUCAAAAGGGAUAUGGGACUACCUCGCCCGCCAUUUCUCCCAAAAAUCUGUCGCCAGUGCCACAACCCUCAAACUUCGGGUCUUUGAUCUUCAAAAGGGUUAUCAAUCUGUUGUUUCACCUCCAACAAGCCAAGUCCAUUGAUGAUUCCCUAGCCUCUAUUAAUCAACCUGUCUCUGAUGCUGAUCUGGUUGUGGCCACACUUCAUGGACUUGGACCAGAUUACCUGAUGCUUCGUACUGCCCUUGCUCAGUCUUCCUCUCUUCCAGAUUUCUCUGACCUUCGAGCCCGGAUCCUCGCUUUUGAGGCUCAGCAAACCCAAUCACUAGAUUCUACUACUACCGCGGACUUGUUUCACCAUGGCUCCAACCCAGCUGCACUGCCUCGUGCCCUAACCCAGGAUGCAACUGCACAGCCCCGUGGCCCUUCUCCUCGCCGUGAAUGCCGCCGGCCCUCAUAUGGCGGUCGCAACAACCAGCGCUACCGUCGUGGUGGUGGAGCACGUUCCCAGUUCCAAAACUUUGCGUUUAAUCCAAAUGCAAAUUUUGAGAAAAGGGAAUAUUGA